AUGUCUCAAGAACUCACGUACGCCGAGGUGUCCAAGCACAACACCAAAAAAGAUCUCUACGUUGUCAUCCACGACAAGAUCUACAAUGCCUCGACUUUCAUCGACGAGCAUCCUGGCGGUGAAGAAGUCCUUCUUGACGUGGGAGGCCAAGACGCAACCGAGGCUUUCGAAGAUGUCGGCCACUCAGACGAAGCCCGUGAAAUCCUCGACGGCCUCAAAGUCGGAACCCUGAAGCGCGUACCUGGUGACCCGGCCCCCAAGGUCGGUGCCACUGACAAGAUUGCUGCUGGCCCUGGUGGCAGAAACGGCGAGGGCGGCACUGGCAUGGGCGUUGCCAUGUAUGCUGUUCUCUUGAUUGGUGCGGCGCUGGCAUAUUUCGGAUACACAUACAUGCAAACCCAAGACAAGAAAUAG